GAUACCCGUCCUGGAAUAAUGAUCGUGUGCGGCACCUGUUCACCCCGGCUGGACAGGCGGUCAGUAGCCUUUCUCAGUUUUUUCAAGUAGAUAAUGCGUUUUUGGCACUAGGGCGGACGCGCCCGUCUCUCGCCAGCCUGCAGGUGGCGCUGGAGGAACUCUACCCAGGUUGCCAGGAGUACUGUAAUGAGCUUGUGAAACGGUGGCAGCGGAGCAUGAGGCCCAAAGCCAGCAAGGCUGAUAGUGGCUUCCAUGAUGACAGUGAAAAAGCAGAUAGCUCCCCGAGCAGCAUUCAGACAAUCAAACCUUCUGCUAACAACCUCCAACCAAUAAGGGAACGACAGGAGCAUAAGGAAAGACAUUUAGAUGAAGAGCACAAGAGAGACAGAGAAAAAAGUUGAGGAGGAGAAAAGAAAAGAUGGAGGAGUCCUAUCUCAAACCACACUCUAAUGUUGACCACCGGCUCCACAUGUUGCCUGGGCGGCAAGGUGAACAAAGAACACAGGGCUGCAAACGUACAGGAAACAAAUACACACAUACACAAUCAGGUUUACUCCCAGAUGUUGCUGCCGCUCAGGAUCAUAGAUCUGUCCCCCUGCAGUCAAAUGGGCCCAGAUCUACACAGAUAAUGAAAUCACAGGAAGUACUAUCACAGGAAGCAGCCAGGCAGGCUGAGCAGGAUAUGCCUGAGCUACCAGAUGGAGAGGAGGUUACACAGACGGACAUUGAGCGUUGUUAUGACAUUGGACGGGUGGUUGGUGAUGGGAACUUUGCGGUGGUGCGUGUGUGUGUGGAGCGUCGGACAGGACACACCUGGGCCGUGAAAGUGGUGGACAAAGCCAAGCUGCAGGGCCGUGACCACAUGAUCCACAAUGAGGUUUCCCUAUUGGCCAGCCUGAGGCACCCAAAGGUGGUGCAUUUGCUUCGCUGCCACCACACAAACACCCACGUCUACUUGAUAAUGGAAUUGGCCUCUGAGGGUGAUCUGUUUGAUGCCAUAGUGACCAGUGUGAAAUUCAGUGAGGUCUGUGCAGCUGGCAUGCUUAAGGACAUCAGCGAUGCCCUCCAGUUCAUUCACAGCAGGAGCAUUGUACACAGAGACAUCAAGCCAGAAAACCUGCUGGUCCAUCGGCAUGAUGAUGCUGUCACUCUGAAGUUGGCUGAUUUUGGGCUGGCUCUGGUGGUUACUGAGCCCCUAUAUACAAUUUGUGGAACUCCCACAUACGUGGCCCCAGAGAUUCUGGCAGAGACAGGCUAUGGUGUAGCGGUGGACGUGUGGGCGAUGGGAGUGAUUCUGUACAUCCUGCUAUGUGGAUUCCCUCCUUUUCGCAGUACAGAACGCAAUCAAGUGGAGCUCUUUAAGCUUAUCCGUGCUGGUGACCUUCACUUCCUGUCUCCAUACUGGGACAAGAUCUCUGAGGGUGUUAAGGACUUGAUUCGAGGUCUACUUCGGGUUGACCCAAAAGGUCGUCUGACAGCACAACAGGCUAUGCAGCAUAGCUGGGUCAGGAGCCGUGGAAGAAGUCAUGGAAUAAACCACCACACGCAACACAGACCACAAAUGGCAAUCACAGACACCAGUCCUCCACUGACUACUCUGGACUAUAGACUACCACAGAUCCACACAGCACAUAGAGACUACAUCAGAUCAGCAAAGACAAAAGAGGCUAUUGUACACCAGACCAGCAGAAACAAAUUGUCAGAAGAUGAGGACAGAGCUGUGCGGAUGAGAGAGGCCAGCGUGGACCAGACAAACAAGCUUGACUCAGUAUGUAGACUAGGUGGAAACAAAGAAACCAACUCAGAGACAAGUGGAGAUCUGAAGUCAAGAGGGACAUAACAGAUUUCAGAUGUGAGAAAAACAAGACAUGGACUGAAGAUGUUGCUGCUGCAUGAAUAGUAAUAGCAACUAUCCAUGUCAAUUUUAAGGAGUUUAUGGUAAUUUCAGGAAGUAAAAUUUGCUCUGUGUAAAUAAAUAAAUAAAAUAAAAUAAUAAUAAU